AUCAUUAACAUAAAAUAAAUUCAAUAAUCAAUAAUAAAAUGAUUAAAAUUUCGGACAAUUUUCCAUGGAAAUGAAAAUAAAACCAGGGUGUAGGUGGCAGGACGGGAGGGUGGUGGAAGCAUUGGGUGCAAAGGCUAGCCAUAUAAAUGCCUUUCCUUAACUGCAGGAAUUUGGGGUUUUUCGUGUACGUAAAUUUGAUUUUGUGACUGUCCGAAAGAGGGUAAGGGGUAUGGAAGCUCGUUCAAUGGACGCGGAAGCUUGCUCAGUAGAAGCACCGCCCAUACGGCGGCUAGAGGAGUCGGUGGUGAAUCGAAUCGCAGCAGGGGAAGUUAUCCAGCGCCCAUUUUCUGCCGUGAAAGAAUUGGUGGAGAACAGCCUGGAUGCGUCCUCUUCUUCCAUCAAUGUCUACAUCAAGGACGGAGGUCUCAAGCUCAUUCAGGUCUCCGACAAUGGCCACGGCAUUCGAUAUGAAGACUUGCCUAUAUUAUGUGAGAGGCAUACAACGUCAAAGUUGACUUCAUAUGAAGAUUUGAAAACAAUCAGCUCUCUAGGUUUCCGAGGAGAAGCUUUAGCUAGUAUGACAUUUGUUGCACACGUGACUGUUACAACAAUCACAGAAGGUCAAACACAUGGUUACAGAGCAUCAUAUAAGGAUGGAGUAUUGGAACAGGAGCCUCGCCCUUGUGCAGCAGUGAAAGGAACUCAGAUAAUGGUUGAAAAUCUUUUUUAUAACAUGGCUGCUCGUAGAAAAUCAUUCAAGAAUUUAAGCGAUGAGUAUGCACGCAUUUUAGAUGUUAUUAGUCGUUAUGCAAUUCAGAAGAUAAAUGUGAGCUUUUCUUGCAAAAAGCAUGGUGAUAGCACAACAGAUGUUCACACGACAGGUAUGGGUUCAAGAAUAGAUGCAAUUAGGUCCAUUUAUGGUCCAUCUGUUGCUCGUGAGCUUGUUGAAAUAACAGCUUCAGAUGACGAUAUCUCACGCUCAAUCUUCAAGAUGGAAGGUCUCGUUUCAAGUGCAAAUUACAGUGCUAAGAAAACCACUAUGGUGCUUUUUAUAAAUGAUAGGCUGGUUGAAUGCAGCCCACUGAAAAAAGCUAUUGAAGUGGUUUACUCUGCCAUCUUGCCAAAAGCAUCAAAGCCUUUUAUCUAUAUGUCUAUAGUGCUGCCGUCUGAACAUGUUGAUGUGAAUAUUCAUCCUACAAAAAGGGAGGUCAGUCUUUUGAAUCAAGAGAGUCUUGUGGACACCAUACAGAACGCUGUUGAGGCAAAAUUGAUGCACUCAAACACAACAAGGAUAUUUUACACCCAGAAAACUCUGCCUGGCAUAUCAAAGGUUGCUAAUACUGAAGAGGAAGAAAGUUUAUCCCAAAAGCUUGAAACAAAAUUACCAAAUGUUCCAGUCCGUAAAAUAGUACGGACAGAUUCAUCAAAUCCAGCAGGAAGGAUGCAUGCUUUCUUACAAAAGAAGCCUAAUGGAGGUCAGGAAGCUCAAGGUGAUCUGGUUACUAUAAGGCAUGCUGUAAGACAAAGACGCAAUCCAAAGGAAACUGCAGAUUUGACAAGCAUACAUGAGCUCAUGGAUGCUGUUGAUCGGAAUACUCACUCAGGGCUAUUGGAUAUUGUCAAAGAUUGUACAUAUGUUGGGAUGGCAGACAACACUUCGGCAUUGGUGCAAUACAAGACACAAUUGUAUCUUGUGAAUGUCGUGAAACUAAGUAGAGAGCUUAUGUAUCAGCAGGUUAUUCGACGAUUUGCUCAUUUUGAUGCCCUGCAGCUAAGUAAUCCUCCUCCUAUUUUUGAAUUGCUUCUGAUUUCCCUUGAUGAAGAGGAGCGAAGUGGUCUGUGGGAUGAAAGCGAUGGUCCCAAAGAGCAGAUAGCAAGGUUGAACGUUGAACUGCUUGAAAAGAAGUAUGAAAUGUUAAAAGAAUAUUUUUGUGUUGGAAUUGAUCAGCAAGGCAACCUAUAUAACCUGCCACUAGUGCUUGACCAAUAUACUCCUGACAUGGAUCGUCUUCCCCAGUUUGUUUGGACUUUGACAAACGAUGUUGACUGGGAUACAGAAAAAGGUUGCUUUGAGUCCAUUGCUGCUGCUAUUGGGGAUUUCUAUGCUCUGCAUCCUCCACUUUUGCCAAAUCCCUCCGAAGAAGGACCGAAAUUUUAUCAGAUAUCAGAAGGAAAUGAUCACAUGGAUCAACAGAAAGAAACUAAUAUUGAUGAGGAUCUAAUUGAAGAAGCAAAAAUAAAAUGGGACCAGAGGGAAUGGGCAAUACAACAUAUUCUAUUCCCAUCUUUGAAAUUGUUUCUUAAACCUCCAAAAGAGAUGGCCAGCGAUGGUACAUUCGUACAGGUAGCCUGUUUGGAAAAUCUUUUCAAGAUUUUUGAGAGAUGUUGAUGGUUUGUUUUCUUCAACAGCUUCAAGUGUUUUCAUCUCUUCAAUUUGUAUCAAUGUAUUAUUAAAACCACUCAAUUUUGUAGUGGUGGUUGGAUUAAUAAUCUGUUGCUUGUCUAGUGCUUAAAAUAGAUGCUAGAAUCGGAUGUUUUAUUUAGGUGAAGCAUUGUCAUCGUCUAAUAUUGUAAUAUUUUAAAGUUUUUGAAUGGCUGUGAGCAUAAAUGUUUUUAGUUAGCUUUUCAAUUUCUUCGCAUAUGCUGUCAAUUAAUUUUGUAUAUACAACUUUGACAUUGGUGCGUGCCUCUGAAACAAGUCCUAAUUCUCCAGGAUUUGAUGCACUUGAAAUGAAGGUUAAAAGAGUUGAUUCUUUUUGUAA